GGCCACAGAGCAUCUCAACUCCAAGCUCCAACACCGCGACGAGCUCUCAUUGCGCCUCUGCCCACCGCUCCUGCACCACCCGCUCUUUCCCCGCUACACAACAUCAAACAGACCAACAUGGCCAACGUAAUAACCAAUUCCGCCGGCCACGAUGACAUGAUUCACGAUGCUGUCCUCGACUACUACGGCAGGCGGUUAGCCACGUGCUCUUCCGACAAGACCAUCAAGAUCUUCGAGGUGGAGGGCGAAUCGCACAGGCUGGUGGAGACGCUGAAAGGACACGAAGGCGCCGUCUGGUGCGUUGCAUGGGCCCAUCCCAAGUACGGCAACAUCCUCGCUUCCUCCUCAUACGACGGCAAAGUCAUCAUCUGGCGCGAACAAAACGGCACCUGGCAGAAGAUCUACGACGUCGCCCUCCACUCCGCAUCCGUCAACCUCGUCGCAUGGGCACCCCACGAGGCAGGCUGUGUGCUUGCCUGCGCCUCCUCCGACGGCAACGUCUCGGUCCUCGAGUUCAAGGACAACAACUGGUCGCACCAGAUAUUCCAGGCAUGUGGCUCAGGUGUCAACAGCGUAAGCUGGGCACCUGCCUACGCGCCCGGACAGGUCAUCACAGCGAGCGGGAACGCGGCGGGCAACGCAAGGCGGUUCGUCACAGGCGGCAGCGACUGCCAGGUCAAGCUCUGGGAGUUCAGCCCUGAGAGUGGAUCCUACCAGAACUCGCAGAUACUGCCCGGACACACAGAUUGGGUGCGCGAUGUCGCGUGGUCGCCGACUGUGCUGUCCAAGUCGUAUAUUGCUUCAGCAAGCCAGGACAAGACCGUGCGCAUCUGGACAUCCUCAGAUCUGCGGGAAUGGAAGUCCACGGUCCUGAACGUCGAAGCUGUAGCGUGGAGGGUCAGCUGGAGCUUGAGCGGUAAUGUCCUGGCCGUCAGCACCGGAGACAACAGAGUGAGCCUAUGGAGGGAGAAGCUGAGCGGCGGGUGGGAGUGCGUGAAGACGAUCGAGGAGUAGACCAGAUCGAGCUCGAGAUUUCCAGAAACAAGGCAGACUUUUCUUGCCAGGACAUGUCCGUGAUGGACAGCAAUUGGAUGCAGCAUCGGAAUGAUGGAGCAGGGCACUCUACAGCGAUACUUGGAUGAUGUGAUACGCUGGUUGGCAUGCAUGGUUUGGAGGCAGUUUGGGGCGUCUGGCGGAGGUAGACAUGCCGCGUCUCCGACAUGGAUGCGAAAUGAUAGACU